CACACUUCGACUGCUAUUUAUCUUACACGAACUGAUAAAUUUUUAAUAUAUAUUAGUCUCUUUAAAAUGACGAUACUUUGUUGUGUUUGUCUAACAGAAAAUGUACGAUUUUAUAAUUUAAGUAAUACUUGUUUAUACCAAUUUUAUGAAAAAUUACUCGAUUACAAUGUACCAUAUAAUUCAACAUGCUGCUGCUAUAUUUGUUUUGCACUAUUGAAGAAAUGUUACAAGUUUGUCCUUCAAGCACUGAAGGGAAAUAACAUUUUGACAAAAAUUGAAGAUAGUAAUUCUAUGUUGACAAAUCAAAAUGAAAAAAUUAUAAAUUUAACCACAGUCAAACUUAACAAUAUAAUUAUUGAGGGUGGAUCUGAUAUUUGUAGUUUUGAUGGAAAUGGAAAAGAGAGUAAAGACUUAAUCAAAAUUGAAGAUUUUGGAGGUGGAAGUGACAAUGAAACACAUGUUAAACUAGAUUAUCUUAGCACUAAUCAGUCUGACUCUGAUGAAGAUCUUCCUUUAAGUGAGCUCAACACCGACACGGAUAUUAUAAAGGAAGAGAAAAAUGAUUAUAAAGUAUUAAAGAGAGUAAAUGCACGGGAAUUUAUAUUGACCACAGAAGAGCAGAGACAAGAAAUGGAUCAAAGAGCAAAGAGUAUAAAUUAUCUGAAUUCUCCAUAUAAAUGUGCCUUGUGUUAUCGUGGCUUUAUAGACCCAAUAGCCUAUGGGAAGCAUAAACAAAAACAUGAUGAGAGCAGUGGUGAACAUAAAUGUGAAAUGUGUCAUCUCCGUUACUCGACUAAACGGCAACUAAAUAGCCAUUAUAAGGCGGCACAUUUAAGGAAAUUUGAAUGUUAUGUUUGUAAAGAGAUCACUCAUACAAGAAAUCAAGCAAAACAACAUGAGGAGUGGCACAAGGGUAGGACAUAUACUUGUCAUUUGUGUGGGAAGGCUUUCCGCAAAUCGUCGUCCUACUUUACGCACGUUCGUAAGUCUCAUAAAAGCGUGCACGCGUGCUCGCUUUGCGGAGAUAGUUUUGUCAGCGAACACGGGCUACGUAUGCAUAGUUCCAAAGCACAUAGAACCAUCGAGGUUGACAAAAAAGAUGAACAAAUUUUGGAGAGUUAUUGCAAAGAGUGUAAUGUACAAUUCAAAACAUCCGAUGCGUGGGAACGGCACGCUUUGACGAAUCAUUAUAGUUUAGAUGCUAAAAGCGCAUGCUGCCCUGUGUGCAAGCAAGAUGUUAAACUAGAAGAGAGGGUUUCUCAUAAACGUACACAUAUGGACAGACAUACAAGUGAACAUAUAUAUGAGAAAACACCAGCACUUUCUGCCCUCAGUUGCGGACACUGCGAUUCCAAGUUUCUGAGCGUACACAAACUGCGCGCUCAUAUGAAACGCGUGCACCUCGGUCUCAAAUAUGACAAGAAUAUCGUCUGUGAAGUGUGCGGGAAGCAUUGUACUUCGCUGGCAACACUGAAGUACCACCAAAGACAACAUAACGGAGAGAGACCAUUUCCCUGCGUUAUCUGUGGGGCUCGAUUUACUUGUAAAGAAAAUCUUAGAAUCCACACAAGAACACAUUCGGGUGAGCGUCCGUAUAGCUGUGUAGUUUGUGAUAAGAAAUUUACACAGAAACCAGCGCUUAACCGACAUUACAGGGUUCACAACGGUUCGAAGCCAUACGAAUGUCAGUAUUGUUCGAAACGUUUUAAUCAGUCCAGUUCAUUAAAAUCUCACGUUAACACAAUUCAUUUGAAAAUACCUAGAAAUAAGAAGAAUAAACUUUGUUGACAUUUAACAGUUAACUUUGAAAAAUGAACCUAUGUUGCAUUUAGUGGAAUCAAUGUUAAUAAAUGGAUUCAUUUUAAACACCAAUUAUUCUAUUGUUCAGUCUGAAAUAACAAUAUACAUAUUUAAUAAUGCAAAGAAGUCUUCGUGGAAUUUUAAGUGACGAACAGAAUGUAUCUGAGGCAAAACAAAAAUAAUAGAUGUUGCCAAUAUUCCCUGCAACUCAAAUGGUGAUGAGCAGAGCAGAGUCCAUUAUGCAGAUGGAAGGUCGUCAAAAAUAGUAACUGAACAGACUGGUCCAACAAGGACAGACAAAGAGGGUGAUGGGCUUAAAAGAUCUCACUCUCUCUCGACGGGGACCGCAUCUUUAGAUAAAUACUAUUUUAAAUAUCUUUUGUAAAUUAUAUUUAAACUACAUGUGGAUAA